CCUGCCCCCGGGCGCGCCCGCCGCGCUCCGCUCCGCCGGCAGCCCGCUGCCGAGGCGUAGGGGCGGCGGUGGCAUCACGGUGGCGCGGGGCUGGGCUGGGCUGGGCGCGGCGGCCGCCUCACGCAGUCGCAGGGAAGAGAGCAGCCGGGAGCGCCGGGGGUGCACCCGCCGCGGAGGGCCGGCGGAUUUCUGCUCCGCGGGAGGGCUCCGCCGAGCGCGCCGCCGCCUUCCAACCGCAGCGACAUCCCCGCCGCUCCGCUUGUUCGCGGGCAGCCCGCCGUUCCUCGCAGCGCUCCGCGAGCCGCCGGAGGAGCUUCAGCCCCGAAGUUGCGGCCAGCCCGGGUGAAAAGUAGCGGCGAGGCGGAACGGGCCGCGGCCGAGCCGAGAAGGGACGGUGCAGCGCCUCGCCGCACCCGGCGCUGGGGCUGGCUCGGCCCCCGGCCGCACAGACAGCGCCGCGGAAAGAACCAACAUGCAAAGUGGAAGGAAAACCAAAACUGCUCUUUUAGCAGAAAAGCAUUGGCUUUCAGCUCCUCUCAUAUGUUUUCGUUUUGCUUCGUACUGGGAGGAGCAAGAUUUUCUGACUCAUUGAGACAAAAUUUGGGCAUCAUUGGCUGAAGAUGAGAUGAAAGAAGACCAGAAUAUAUGUCAAUACUCCCUGACAUUAAUUCAGACUAUUAAUUCCCCUUCUUACUAGAGAAGGGGAAUAGUGCUUAAAAGCACCACAGACUCAUUUAAAGGAGCUGAUGAAGGAUUUUUGCCUUAUUUUUUUUUUUUUUUUCCUUCCCAUUCUCCCACAAGUCUUUAAGAGAAAGAUGAUAAAGAACAUGUACACAAAUUAAGGGGAAGGCUGAAGAAAGUAGUUUCCAUUUUUGAGUCUGUUUUUUCAAGUGCUGUAAAUUCCCUAAAUAAUUAAAUUCGCCACAUUGUUUUGAAUAAAUUAUACAUACUUUUUUGUGAUCAGUGUUUUUUUUGGUUUUUUUUUGGUUUUUUUUUUGUCAGCUCCAGAAGUGGAAUUUGACCUGAUUGAAAACUUUAACACAGAAAACGUGUGGCUCCAAUUCCUGUUUUAAAAUCGAGGUUUUAAAGUUACCAAGGCAUAGCGUCCUGUUUUCUUCUUGUGUACUGUCAUCGUCCUGUGUUUGUCUGCAUAUCUUUACCUUUUCCCUGAUUUUAGUAUACAUGCUGUGGUGUUGUAUUUGAGAAAAGUGUGAACAGAAGACACCUGAGAUUCAGUUUCUUGGCAGACUCGUUAUUCCUGUGUCAUAUUUCUCAGUAAUCUGAGUAACUGUUAGAAUGUGCAGUAAACACUAAGUCUUUUGUCUUAAGAAAAAAAAAAUGCCUUAAGAUGUUCAUGUUUAUACUGACUGGAUCAAAGCUUGAUAUCUGAAUGUUGUGUUUUGCUAGGAAAUGCAUGCCUGGGGAAGAGGAGCUGCUUAAUGGAUCAUGGCUCUGAUGCUUACAGGGCAUACCUUAUUUCUAGCAUUAAUGAUGUUUGCUGUCUUCACUUUUGAAGAAUCUGUAAGCAAUUACUCUGAUUGGGUGACAUUUAUGGAAAAUAUAGAUCAAUAUGAGAAAGAGAAACUUGGUAGCCUUGGUGCUGAGCAGAAGCUGAAAAAAGCAAUUCUUCAUCCAAGCUUGUAUUUUGAUGCUGAAGAUGUCCAUGUGCUGAGGCAGAAAGCUCACACAAGCCAUUCACAUAUAUUCAGAACCAUCAGAAGCGCAGUGAUGGUUAUGUUAUCCAACCCAUUGUACUACCUACCUCCACACAAACAUGUUGAUUUUGCUGCAAAGUGGAAUGAGGUUUAUGGUAACAAUCUGCCACCUCUAGCAUUUUAUUGUUUGCUGUGCCCUGAAGAUAAAGCUGCAUUGGAUUUUACUGUGGAGUAUAUGGACAGAAUGGCUGCUUACAAGAACUGGUUGGUUGAGAGCGCGCCUGGUGAUGAAGUGCCCCUUGGCCACUCCCUAACAGGAUUUGCCACUGCUUAUGACUUCCUCUAUAAUUCACUGGAAAAUGCGAGAAGACAAAAAUACCUGGAGAAGAUACGGUCUGCGAGCAAAGAAAUGUUUGAGUACUCAAAGGUUCGUUCCUGGGGAAAGCAGCUUCUUCACAACCACCAAGCAACCAACAUGCUCGCUUUGCUCACUGGAGCUUUAGUGACUGGUGUGGACAAUGGAUCUCAGGCAAAUAUUUGGAAACACACUGUUGUUGAUGUGAUGGAGAAAACAAUGUUUCUGCUCAAUCACAUUGUAGAUGGGUCUCUGGACGAGGGAGUAGCUUAUGGGAGUUACACUGCUAAGUCAAUAACACAGUAUGUUUUCCUGGCACAGCGACACUUUGGUAUUAACAACUUUGAAAAUAAUUGGCUGAAAAUGCACUUUUGGUUUUAUUAUGCUACCCUACUACCAGGCUUUCAAAGGACUGUGGGUGUAGCGGAUUCUAAUUACAAUUGGUUUUAUGGUCCUGAGAGCCAGCUUGUUUUCUUGGAUAAGUUUGUCCUGAAGAAUGGAGCUGGCAACUGGCUGGCACAGCAAAUUAGAAAACACAGACCCAAAGAUGGACCAAUGGUGCCAUCCACUGCACAGAGGUGGAGCACUCUGCACACUGAGUUUAUAUGGUACUCUGCUGAAAUCACUCCUCAACCACCUCCUGACUAUGGCACUGCUAAAAUGCACGUGUUUCCUAACUGGGGAGUUGUUACUUAUGGGGCUGGAUUGCCAAGCAGUCAGACCAACACCUUUGUGUCCUUCAAGUCUGGAAAACUGGGUGGACGGGCAGUUUAUGAUAUUGUCCACUUUCAACCAUAUGCCUGGAUUGAUGGAUGGAGAAGUUUUAAUCCUGGACAUGAGCAUCCUGAUCAGAACUCUUUCACUUUUGCUCCCAAUGGGCAGGUGUUUGUAUCUGAGGCUCUCUAUGGACCUAAACUCAGCCACCUGAACAAUGUCUUGGUGUUUGCCCCAUCUCCUACGAGUCAGUGCAACCAGCCUUGGGAGGGACAGCUUGGUGAAUGUGCCCAGUGGCUGAAGUGGAUUGGUCAUGAGGUUGGAGACUCAACUGGGGAAAUUAUAACAGCCUCCCAGUCUGGGGACAUGAUGUUUGUGAGUGGGGAGGCAGUGUCUGCUUAUACAUCAGCAAUGAAACUGAAAAGUGUGUACCGCAUUUUGCUGCUCUUAAAUUCUCAGACCUUGUUAGUAGUAGACCACAUCGAGAAGGAGGCAGACUCUCCUGUUAAUUCAGUCAGUGCCUUUUUUCAUAAUCUUGACAUUGAUUUUAAAUACAUACCCUAUAAAUUUAAGAAUAAGUACAAUGGAGCUAUGAUGGAUGUGUGGGAUGCCCACUACAAGAUGUUUUGGUUUGAUCAUCAUGGGAGUAGUCCUGUUGCUAGGAUACAAGAGGCAGAACAAGCUGCUGAAUUCAAAAAGCGAUGGACUCAGUUUGUAAAUGUUACCUUUCCGAUGAAAAGCACUCUUACAAGGAUUGCUUACCUUUUUUAUGGCCCGUAUGUCAAUGUUUCUAACUGCAAACUCAUUGAUAAUGUAAAGUCUGGAUUUCAGAUAUCACUUAGUGUCAACAGCACUGAAAAUACUGUUUCUGUUGUGACGGAUCAUCAGAAUUUAAAGGCCAGGUUUGAUUACUUGGGAUUUGGUGGUUUUGCCAAAGUUGUUCAUGAAAACAAAGUGACAAAGUUUGGAUUAGGUACUGAACCUGUGGAAAAAUUGAUUAAAAAUGAUAGAGUAGUUUUGCCAUUUGGAUUCAAAGUGAACAUAAUUGCAGGGUUAAUUUUAGGGGUUAGUUUAGUCAUACUGGCCUUUCAGUGGCGGUUUUACAUAUCCUUCAGUAAAAUGUUGCGUUGGAUCCUGAUACUAGUUAUCACACUGUGGCUUAUCGAACUGGUUGAUGUGUGGAGCAUGUGUACUCAGCCAAUCUGUGCAAAAUGGAGCAGUGACUUGACAAGGCUAGAACACGAUGAAGGCAAUAAAGCCAAACGAUUAGAAGGGACUCCCAUUGUUUUUCCAGAUGUUAUAAUUACUUCACUCCCUGCUUCUGGUGCAGAAAUUCUAAAACAGCUGUUCUUCAACAGCAGUGACUUCCUAUACAUGAGGAUACCUACAGCCUAUCUAGAAAUUCCUGAGAGUGAUUUUGAAAUUGAUUCCUUUGUAGAUCCUUGUGAAUGGAAGGCUUCUGAUGUUCAGGGUGGGCAUUUCCAUCUCCUCAAGGGGUGGCUCCAGUCUCUAGUUCGAGACACAAAAUUACAUUUACAAAACAUUCAGUUGUAUGAAGCUAGCAGAAGUAAAAUUACUCAGCAUUCUGCCAUAAACAAGGACAAAAAGAAAAGAUCCAAGAAGAGAGAAUCUCUUUUGGAGCAAAGAAGUAGGGCAAGAGCAAGUCAAGAUAAAGAUGCUGAAUAUAUCAGGGAACUGAGAAGGCACCUUGUUUAUUAUCCUAACGCACGACCGGUGCUUAGUUUAAGUAGUGGGAGCUGGACAUUAAAGCUUCCCUUCUUUCAGGAAAUCCUAGGACCAUCAAUGAGAGCAUUAUAUGUAGUAAGAGAUCCACGGGCAUGGAUAUAUUCAAUGCUGUACAAAAAUAAGCCAAGCCUUUACUCUUUGAAAAAGGUUCCGCAGCGCUUAGCUGCAAUGUUUAAAUGGGAAAAUGGUAAAGGAAAAUGUAGUAUCAAUGAGGGCUAUGCCUUUGAAUAUGAAUCAUUAAGAAAAGAAUUUUCGAAUUCUAAUUCAAAUGCUGUUUCUGUGUUGUCCCAUUUAUGGCUAGCAAAUACAGCAGCAGCACUGAGAAUAAAUGGUGACUUGUUGCCAACAAAUUAUCUGAUGGUCAAGUUUGAAGAUAUUGUGAGCUUUCCUCAGAAGACAGCUGAAACAAUUUUUGCCUUUCUUGGUAUCCCUCUUCCUCCUGCUAGCUUAAACCAAAUAUUAUUUGCCACCUCCACCAGUCUUUUUUAUCUUCCUUAUGAGGGGGAAAUUUCACCAAGUAGCAUUCAUGCCUGGAAACAAAACAUGCCCAAGAAAGAAAUUAGACUGAUUGAAGAUACCUGUUUUUCUCUAAUGGAGCACUUAGGAUACCCAAAGUUUGUAGAAUAAAUGCUGCUGGUCAGCAGAAAUUUGCACUAGUUAUCUCUGACUCCCAGUUUGUGGAUAAAUAUUAGAGAAGUUUGUUUAUUCUUGUAAAAUGUGUACAGUCUGCUACUUUCAGAGAAAUUAUUUUAAGAAAAAUAUAAUUGUUCUUGAAGGUGUGAUUUUUGUUGUUAUUAUUAUUUUUUAAUCUUGUAACUGCUUUUGCUGCCUUUGGAAAAGAAAAAAAGAAAAAAAAAAAAAAGGAAAAAAAGAAUAAUAGGCUGUGUGAAUCUUCAUGGAACUACCAGCUGAGGACUCUUUAGCUCAGGGGAUAAGUAAUAGAAUAUGGAGCUUUUUACCUCCAGCUCACCAGUUUUACUCCAGCCCAGGUGGUUAGUUCCCAGAAGUAUUUACUAUCUGAUGUUUGUGUGAUGGCUUAUAAGACAUUGAACUGGUGGUAUUGGCCCAGUUCCCCAUGAUGAUAAUUAACAACUUCUGACAGAUUUACUCAGACAUUCUGUCUCACUGGUCACUAUAGUGGUGCAAAAUAAAUGUAAGCUGAGGUGUAAGGGGUUCACCACACCUUCAGUGGGUGAAAACAGCCAGAACAUUUGAGUGAAUUUAGUUCCCUAUCUGUGGCCUCAGCAGACACAGAUAUUAAAUAUAAUUGUGUGAUAUGGUUCCUUCAGCUCAGAGAUAUGGCACUUCUAUUGGGUUUUGCGCUUUGACUAAAGAGAAGACUUUGUUCUCCAUUCCUGAUAAUACAGUACCUUUUGUGAACCUGAAGUAAACUACCUGGAGAAAAAGAAGUAGUACACAAUCUAAGAAGCCGGCAAGAUAUCCCCAGCUAUCAGUUAGAUGUGUAGUGUGACCUGCCUCAACCUGACUCGUUUAAAGGUUGUUUAUUUCUUGGCACCACAUGCUGCUUUACCCUAUUCUUACUGCCUGAGAAGUUCGUUGAGGAUCUUCUUGAGUGAGACUUUUGCAUCUUUUUUUGUAAAGCAUUUCUCUGAUGAUUCUUGUGCAUAAUUUCACUGAGGCCAGUGCAAAUAUUUGAUGUCAGUGUCAGUAGUCUGUUGUUAAUGUCUGCAUAAAAUGGAAAUCUAAGAUUGAGAAGAUCUUUUAAAUAAAUCUCCAGGUCUGUGUUGCUGAGGGGUUUGCGUUUCUGUAUGACGUGUUUCUGAAAGACAACCAUUGCUAAUCUCAGGUCUCCCCUCAGAGAAUGGAGAAAUCUGAAACUCAUUUCACUCUCAGGCACCUCAGAUCCGAGUGAUUCCCUGUAGUAAAAUGUCUCAAAAGUUGCCAGUUAAUUUUUGCUGUUAUCAUUUUUUAUUUUUUAUUUUUAAUCAUGACUGGUGUUUCUUUAACAUGUUGCUGUAAUACAGUAUUGGUUUGGAAACAGAUAGGCUUGAUUGGAUAGAUGUCUGUUUGUCACAACUUGUUUUCUUUUUGAGUCACAGUCUUUGUUUAGCACACCCCCAUAAAGAAAAAGGUUUCCUAGUUUAAUUUCCUAAGGAUUUUUUUUUUUUUUUUUUUUUUUUUUUGUUAAAUGUAUGUAUACAGUAAAAGUCUGCAGGUGUAUAAAUCAGAUCACAAAGAGACAUCUAUUUCCUUUACCACUUGUUUUCUGUUAUGUGUGGAAUUGUCUUGAAAUAUGCUUCCAUUGUUUUGCGGGAGCUGGGUUCAGAGCUUUGGGUUAUUAUACUGAAAUAUGUGUGUAAAAUAUAAAGUGAUUAUUUGGGUGAUAACUGUUAGAUGAAAGCAAAAGUUCAGUGAGUAUUUUUGUUCAGAAUACCAAUACUCUAUCUGAUUUAUAAAAUAUAAACGUGUUCUUGCCUUUCCUUCCAGUCUUAGUACUGUGUCCCUGUCUUACCUCAUUGUCUUGUUCUCUUACAUACAUAUCAUAUUCUUUGGAGCAUGUAGUGAUAUGUCAUCAUGACCUAGAUAGAAGUAAUUCUUUCUCUUCCAAUCAUUUGUAUGUCAAAACGGGCCUCUAGCACGAUAAACACAUUGAUAUUUUAGAAUCUCACAAACCUUAACUGUCAUUUACUAGCAGCAGCUGCUGGUUUUCCCCUCCUUCAGUUCUAGGUCUCACCAUUGACUAUCUGGAUGUCAAGUUAAAGGAAAUAUUAAACAAGUUUAUAUACACUGACAUGCUAGUGAAACUUUGGUUUCCCAAGAUCAUUUUCUCAAAUUGGCUUUUCAAAUAAACAAACAAACAAACAACAACAAGAAGUAUUAUUGUCUGUACCAUUUUUGUACUUGACAGAAUAUGUUUCAGCAUUUGCCUUCUAUUUCCAGGAUUUACACUCUAGAAUCAGAACAAACAAAUUUCUUUUUUGGUCAAAUGUUUUAAAGCAACUGAAGGUAGGAAUUAAGGAUGACUGUGUACUUGCAGAAGAGACCUUUAAAUUCAUUCUUGAACUGUCAUAAUAGCCUAUAAAUCUACUUCUUAUUUGUUUUUUGAGGAGUUCGGGUGGAGAGGAUGAUCUCUCAGGAGGAUCAUCCACUCUUCUUUUGGAAUACAGGUUAUCUCAGGCAUUUAUGUUCGUAAUACAUGCCUUUGCUGUCAUUUCUUUAUUUUAGGAGUUAUUUAUUUUCCCUACUCUACUUUACAGGGUCAAAGAAUGCAUAAUAUAUUAUUCAGAUUUGGAAGCAGUGUGCGUUCCUUGUACACUUUUAAUAAGAUAAGAAAACUCUGUUCUCUAUUUUUGGAUCUUGUUGUGAGGGCAAAUGUAUUAAAAUAAUUAUGGUAAAAUAUGUAGAGGGAAAGGUGAUGUCUUUGAUAACAACAGAAUUGGAAUACCUGGGGCAUGUCAACUCUCCGGUUUUUAAUAAAAAAAAUUUUUUUGUUCACUUUUAGAUGAUAAAUUACUUAAGCACUUCACUGAAGUUAGUACCAGACAGGAGUUUACUCAGUCAUGGAGUUGACUGGCUGUUGAAACUGUGGCCUUGUAACUGCAUGAAUGGCAACCCAAGACAAUAAAACAUGCAUAUGUUAGAAGAGAAUACCUAUUUCAAAUCUGAGUCUUUGCAGAAUUAAUGUCAGUGGCACCAUCCAUUUUAUUUAUGAAUAAAGUUUACAGUUGUGAUAUGAUAUACUGUGAAGGUCUGGUGAUAAAUAAAAUUGUCUUUCUCUAUUAGAGGAUAAAUUAUAAUUUUAAAUCUGUGCUGAUCUCAAGUCAGAUUGAUCAUUAAACAAACUUUUUUCCAUAUAAAAGCA